AUGCCAAGUCAGAGUGCUCCAACAAGAAGACCAGUCAUGCCAAGUCAGAUUGCUCCAACAUGGAGACCAGUCAUGUCAAGUCAGAGUGCCCCAACAGGAAGACCAGUUACGUCAAGUCAGAGUGCGCCAACAGGAAGACCAGUCACGUCAAGUCAGAGUGCCCCAACAGGAAGACCAGUCACGUCAAGUCAGAGUGCUCCAACAUGGAGACCAGUCAUGUCAAGUCAGAGUGCCCCAACAGGAAGACCAGUCACGUCAAGUCAGAUUGCUCCAACAUGGAGACCAGUCAUGUCAAGUCAGAGUGCCCCAACAGGAAGACCAGUUACAUCAAGUCAGAGAGCUCCAACAGGAAGACCAGUCACGUCAAGUCAGAGUGCUCCAACAGGAAGACCAAUGGAUCAC